CAGACCCAGAAGAUUCUUAUAGCCUGGAAGAUCUUUCAUUGUCCAAAGAAGGGAGAGCUUUCACAAAUCUUGGUUUCGCGAGUUGGAUUAUAGCUUUUGGAAAACUCAAUGGGGAGAAUCCUAUGAAAAGAGAAAAGGUUACAGCUGAGGAAACUGGUCAAAAUGGACAGAUUGCUGAGGAAGAAGAGGUGCAGUUAUCACAGUGUCAGAUGACUACUAUGAUGCAUGAGGAAACUCUCAGCACUAAAGCAUUGAAAUUACUUGGUUCUGGUGUUCUUCCAUAUGACAUGAGUAAAAAUAUAUAUACAGCAGAAACAGAAGGUAUGGACCUAACUAUUCCUUCUCUGGUGCUCGAUAAAGUUGUUCCACUGGGAGAAGUAAAAUUUGCAAUGGAGAUGCUAGAAUUACCAUUGGAAGAAGCCAAAAAGGAGGUUGGUGUGGGCUCUGAAUUUCCUAGACUAAAGGUCGAGUCUGUAUAUAGAGCUUCUACUCCUCCUGAAAGGGUUGCACUUGCAAAAACAUUUCAAGGCUACAAAGCAAAGCAUGAAGGGGGUCAAGGAAGUGAAGUUUCCGGAUAUAAUUUCUUCUUCAGACAAUCUGUUAGAGAGGAUAUUUACACAUUUUAUGAAGGAAAACCCUCUGGAUUGAGAUCUGUGUCAAUUUCCAAUGGUCAAAUACCGAGAGCACGUUCUAAAGAAGGUUCCUUUCAUGGAAGAAAGGACUUAAAAAAAGGAAGGGAAUUCAUACAAGAUAUGGGGAGAAGAGCUCUGGCUAAAAAUGGGGAUAAAAAUUUGUCUCAGUUGGAUCAACCUAAUGGGGUUCAUAACGGUGAUAGGCAUGAUGCUUCAGAGUACUUGAUUUCUUACAAUCGUCUGCUGAGGGAUGGAAGGCUAACCAACUGUGUAGAAUUGCUGGAAGACAUGGAACAAAGGGGCUUGUUGGAUAUGAAUGAAAUUUAUCAUGCUAAGUUCUUUAAGGCCUGCAAAAGUCAGAAGGCUGUCAAAGAAGCAUUUCGUUUUAUGAAGCUGAUAGUUAAUCCAACGCUGAGUGCAUUCACUAUGCUGUUGUCUGUGUGUGCAAAUUCUCAAGAUUCAGAUGGUGCUUUUGAAGCUCUGCAGCUUGUUAAGGAGGCUGGACUGAAACCUGAUUGCAAACUUUACACUACUCUAAUAUCAACUUGUGCUAAAAGUGGGAAAGUUGAUGCUAUGUUUGAAGUGUUUCAUGAAAUGAUUAAUGCCGGAGUCGAACCAAAUGCUCAUACAUAUGGAGCACUGAUCGAUGGUUGUGCUAAAGCUGGACAAGUUGCUAAGGCAUUUGGUGCCUAUGGAAUCAUGAGAUCCAAGAAAGUGAAGCCAGACCGAGUUGUUUUCAAUGCACUUAUCACCGCAUGUGGACAAUCAGGCGCAGUAGAUCGGGCUUUUGAUGUUUUAGCAGAAAUGGGGUCUGAACCACGUCCUGUAGACCCUGAUCACGUCACUGUUGGUGCUUUGAUAAAAACAUGUGCGCAAGCUGGACAAGUUGAUCGAGCUAAAGAGGUAUACAGGAUGAUGCAUGAAUAUAACAUCAAGGGCACCCCGGAGGUUUACACUAUUGCUGUUAAUAGUUGCAGCCAGAAGGGUGAUUUGGAAUUUGCAUUAAGUGUAUAUGGUGAUAUGACAAGAAAUGGUGUGGUCCCUGACGAGAUGUUCCUCAGUGCACUAAUAGAUGUUGCUGGGCAUGCUGGAAAAGUUGAUGUUGCCUUUGAUAUGCUACAAGAUGCCAAAAAACAAGGAUCCCAACUUGGAAAUGUAGCAUACAGCUCAUUGAUGGGAGCCUGUAGUAAUGCAAAAAACUGGAAGAAGGCACUGGAGCUAUAUGAGGAUAUUAAGGCCAUGGGAUUGCACCCAACAGUUUCAACAAUGAAUGCUUUGAUCACUGCCUUGUGUGAUGGGAACCAACUGAAGGAGGCUGUAGAGGUCCUUUCUAAAAUGAAGACAUCUGGCGUAUUCCCCAAUGCCAUCACAUACUCUGUUCUUUUAAUAGCCAGUGAAAAAAAGGAUGAACUAGAACUAGGCUUUUUGCUGCUAUCUCAAGCCAAAAAGGAUGGUGUUGUCCCAAGCCUCACUAUGUGCAGAUGCAUGACUGGCAUGUGUUUACGGAGGUUCGAGAAGGCUUAUUCACUUGGCGAGCCCAUGGUUUCUUUCAACUCUGGAAUACCUCAAAUUGACAGUAAUUGGACAUCAAUGGCCUUAACCGUCUACCGUGAGACAAUUGCAGCUGGUGUUGUGCCUACUAUGGAAGUCUUUUAUCAAGUUUUGGGAUGCCUACAGCUUCCCUGUGAUACUUCUUUGAGAGAGAGGCUUGUUGAGAAUCUAGGUGUGGGUACUGAUUCUUCAAGAUGCUCUAACAUAUACUCAUUGAUUGAUGGAUUUGGAGAAUAUGACCCAUGCUCUUUUUCUCUAUUUGAGGAAGCUGCAUCACUUGGAGUUGUUCCUUGUGUGUCUUUUAAAGAAAGCCCUAUUGUUGUUGAUGCUAGGAAUCUGCAGAUUCAUGCUGCUAAGGUGUACCUCUUAACGGUCUUGAAAGGUCUCAAGCAUCGGCUUGCUGCUGGUGCGAAGCUGUCCAACAUAAUCAUCUUACUGCCUGUCGAGAAGACACAAAUUACAUCCCCCAAAGGAGAUAAAUCAGUUAACCUGGCAGGAAGAGUUGGUCAAGAAACUGGCGCCAUGCUGCGGAGGCUCAGACUACCUUACCAAGGAAAUGAAUCAUACGGGAAAAUUAGAAUUAAUGGGGUUGCUUUGAAACGGUGGUUUCAACCCAAGCUUGAUGCCCCCUUCAGUGGGAAACCAGCAACAUUGAGCUCAUCACCUACACGUUUGGGCAAAGGAAUCAUUGAUCAGCAACGUAACAUCCGUGCUGGCAAUCUGUCUCUGGAGUAGAACCUUGAUGCAGACAUUGAUUAAAAGAAGAGAAAACUAAUGACGCAGAUAUUGAUCAAAAGAAGAUAAAACUAAGUAAUGCAC